CGUCGGGGCCGGGGCGCCUGCUUUCCCGGCUCGCUUCUGCGCUGCCCACCAUGCUCGGAGACCACAGUGGUCUCCCCACAGACCGAGCUCUGCUCAGCCCGCCCCCCAAGGCCGGGCUCAGCUGCAAGACAGUGCUUCAGGCAGUUGGCAAAGUGCUCAGGAAGUCCAAAGCCAAGCCCAACGGGAAGAAGCCCGCCGCCGCCGAGGAGAAGAAGGUGUACCUGGAGCCAGAGUAUGCCAAGUCCAGGAUCACGGACUUCGGGUUCAAGGAGCUGGUGGUGCUGCCCCGGGAGAUUGACCUCAAUGAGUGGCUGGCCAGCAACACCACGACAUUCUUUCACCACGUGAACCUGCAGUACAGCACCAUCUCGGAGUUCUGCACGGGGGAGGCAUGCCAGACCAUGGCCGUGUGCAACACACAGUACUACUGGUACGACGAGCGGGGCAAGAAGGUGAAGUGCACGGCCCCCCAGUACGUGGACUUCGUCAUGAGCUCGGUGCAGAAGCUGGUGACCGACGAGGACGUGUUCCCCACGAAAUACGGCCGCGAGUUCCCCAGCUCCUUCGAGGCGCUGGUGCGGAAGAUCUGCAGGUACCUGUUCCACGUGCUGGCGCACAUCUACUCGGCGCACUUCAAGGAGACGCUGGCGCUCGAGCUCCACGGACACUUGAACACGCUCUACGUGCACUUCAUCCUCUUCGCCCGCGAGUUCAACCUGCUCGACCCCAAAGAGACGGCGGUCAUGGACGACCUGACGGAGGCACUGUGCGGCGGGGGCGGCGGGGAUGGGCCGGGCGGGGCAGCGGGCGCACAGAACCACGUCAAGGAGAGGUGAGCCCGGCGGCGCCCGCGCCGAGGGAGCGGCGGCGCGCCGCGCGCGUCCGUGUCUGUGCGCGCACGGACUCUGGGCGCCCGGACUCUCUGCCGUCGGCCCCGAGAACCUUGGACUCCGCUCGUCCGUGGCAGACACCUCCGGGGCCGCCCGUCCGCGUCUCCCUCUGGGGUCUGCCCCUCCGGGUCUUCCGCGCCCGCCCCGCCCCCGGCUCGGCCUUGACCUCCGGGGAGACACGCAGCGGGGCGGGGCCUUUCCCCGCGGCGGGGCCCGCAGGCUUCGCUUCUGCCGCCCUUUGUCUUGGCUCGGGCUGGAGUGGCUUUUAGAGACCCCGGCCCGCCUUUCUCCUACCCCCGCGCGAUCUGGACUCUGGCUCAGGGCCGGCUGGAGGGGCGGGGAGGCCGGGUGUCCGGAGCCCCGCGAGCUGCAGCGUCUCCCUCCUCUGCCCUCACUGCCCAGGAGGGGAGCGGGGCUGGCCAGGCUCCGGGCUGCGGUGUCCCGGGGCGCGGCCUGUGGGGACCGCGGCGGGGGCAGGAGAGCCUGGCCUCCCUGGGUAGGUGUAAUAAAGAGCCUUCUCUCAGGUCA